UUUAAUUGAGUAUAAAUUUAUAAAUUCGAAUUCAGCAUUGAACCGUCAUGCGAUGUUCUAAUGCAAUUAUUUGUAAAUUAGGACAAAAUUAAAUUUGUAAAAAAUAAAUUUGUGCAAUCCCAAAACUUGUCUCAAACGAUUCAAUUCUUUCUUAUUCAAUGUAAACCUUGUGCAUAAAGUCAAACGUGACGAUUUUAAUAUAUUUUAAUAUGCAGAUCAGAGUGAACUUCGUAUUAUCCACAGAGUAUAAUAAAAGUUUGAUCACAGUUAAAGUCAAUAAAAACUGGUGACAUUACAAAAGUAAAAUGAAAAUAAUAAAGGAAUGGUUUUUAAACGUUCAUUGGGGGAAAAUAGCAUUAAUAUCUUGGGGCAACACUGAAGGUGAGCCAGUUUUGCUCGUGCACGGACGUCAGGACAGUGCAGCUACCUUCUUGCCCCUCCUGGAACACCUGCCUGAUGUGUACCACUACGUGGGGUUCGACUUUCCGGGGCACGGCAAAUCUGAUGGCUUUCCUAUAGGUGUGGCUAUAACGAGAUUCAUUAAUGUGGCAGCAUUGGAUGCUGUGCUUGAGCAUCUAAGAUGGACGCAUUUCACUUACAUUGGCCACUCUUUGGGCGUUGAAAUUGGGCUUUUCUUCAACGCCAUAUAUCCAAACAAAGUAAGGAAGUUCAUACUUCUAGAUCCAGGGCCCGCCCUUCAACGGCUGGUGAUCGAUGUUUUUCCAAAAUUCUACUUCUUCUAUGACAAUUAUUAUAAAAACUAUAGUAAAUUGAAUAGAAAUGACCGUGUGUACACCAAAGCUGAAGCCUUAGCCGCUGUUAUGAAGGCAAGAGGUAUGACGGAAAGUCAGGCGGACGUUAUACUGUCGAGGAAUUUGAAGGAAGUCGGAGAAAAUCGGUACAGCCUAUCCUGGGACAAAAGAACAAAACUCAUGCCACCUACUAACUACCCUCCGGAGUAUUAUUACCAACUAUUUACAAAAAACUCCCCCCCUACUCUAUGCAUAAACGCAACGAAAAGCUACAAUUUUUAUAUAGAAGGAAAGGAUAUUGUGGACAAACUUUUAGCUGAUAUGGAGAAGAAUUUGAAGAACUUCACAAUUCUGAGGGUGGAUGGAAACCACGACUUUCAUUUUCUACAUCCUGAGAGAAUUAGUGAUUUUGUUUGUUCGUUUUUAGAAAAAGAUGUUUUACUUAAAAAUUCUAAACUUUAGUCUUAAUAAGUCAAAAUAAGACUAGUUCCGAUUUCAUACCUCUUAAAUGCCACCCCCCACCAAUCGUAACGGAACGCUGAAUCGAUUGGUCAGACAAUUAGAAUUUUAAAGCUUUCUAGGUCAAAGUUAAGUACUUUGACUUAAACAAGGAACUAUGCGAGGUGGCGGAUAGUUUAAGAUAUAUCAUCAUUGAUCUUCUGUUUUAAAAAUGCAUGCUAAAGAAAUAAAUUUUUUUUUUUUAUAAAAUAUUGAUUGUUACUAGGCAAAGAUAAAUACCCUUACAGCCUGAUAAAAUUUGCUAAAUUUAAAUAUAUU